AUGUCCUGUCCAACGCACAACCACCAUCAUCGCCCGCGCACUGACAACAACAAUGACGCUGCCGCUAACCAAAGCGUUCGCAUGCGCCGCCACACACCACACGAACCAGUCGCCAAUCGUUGCCCCAUCCAUCCCCCAAGUGCUGACUCAGUGACGCGUGCAAACCAGCAUUGCGCCCGCCCGCUGUCAAACAAUGCCCUUGUUUAUGGCUCCGUCAUCAGAACCAUGGCUACAAAGAGACUGCACAUAUUUCACAUAUUAAGCAUCCGAACAUUGUCCACUCCCACACAUACUACGUGCGUAGGAGCAAGAUUUUGCAACCGCCUGACUGUCCUUGCUAGCUUCGUCACGUGA